AUGCUGAGAAGGGAUACAUUUUCACCUGGGGAAGCUGCUACUGAGUUCAAGGACAGAUUUGAUGCCCGUCUAAAUUUCACAGCAAAAUCAGUCCCCUUGAUGAUCCAGAGGGUGCAGCUGUCUGACUCUGCUGUGUACUACUGUGCUCUGAGGUCCACUGUGACAACAGGAGAUACAGCCCCCUUACAAAAACUAUAGGUUUCAAAUGUGUCCAUAGAUGCAUACGGUACCACUGAAAAGUUGGGACCAAAGCACUAUAUGUAUUUCAAUAUACUUUAUGUACAGUAGUAGACCUGAAUUAGAUACUCUGUACAAGACAUGAGUGUUUGUACCUGAAUUAUAAUAGAGUAUGUGUACGUUCCCCCCCCCAAAAAAAUAAAUAAAUAUAUAUGUUCAUCAUACUCACUUCAUGGAACAUUUAUGUCAUUGACAAUUGCUUUAAGCUACUUUUCAUUUCUUGUGAGCUAGAUGUAAGCUUUUCACUUUGGCUAAUGUACUGCAAAGAGUGCUUAUAUCUAACCUGAGACCCCUAGAACCUGAGUCUGAAUAGAUCUUACCUCCCAUCCAUUAUAUUCCCUUAUUUAAAUAUGAAAGUUAUUUGCUUGUUCAACUACCAGUGACCACAUUUUAUAUUUGGAAAUAAAGUAAAUAUAUCAUGAAUAUCAGAAAUGUCAUAUGACUUAACGUUCUAAAUAUUCUCUCAUUUAAAUGCCAUUGAUACCAUCUUUACUGUCAUUUAGUAAACCAAACCUUCAUCACCACCACCUAACUUCUUUAAGAGCCAUCAUUGAAUGGGUUUUAUGUCAAAGGGAGGAGCUACAGAAAUGAUCCUGUUCAAAAUGUACAUAUGAUUACAGGAGACAUAUUAUGAAUUAGUUGGUCCCGCAUAUACAGUAGAAGAAUAUGAAUUGAAUAUUUGUAUGUUUUCAAACAUUUAUUUUCAAAACAAGUUAAUCAUACUCACUUCAUACAAUAUUUAUGUCAUCGUGGUCCUCUGUAGCUCAGCUGGUAGAGCACGGCGCUUGUAACGCCAAGGUAGUGGGUUCGAUCCCCGGGACCACCCAUACACAAAAAAAAAAAUGUAUGCACGCAUGACUGUAAGUCGCUUUGGAUAAAAGCGUCUGCUAAAUGGCAUAUUAUAUUAUUAUUAUUAUAUUGUCAAUACCUACCAUAUUAUUUUAGAUAGACGUAGGCGUUUCACUUCGUCUCUAAUGUACGGCAAAGAGUUGUAAUAUAAUACUGACGAGGUAAUAUUGACCCAUACAUUUCUUUACAAUCUUUCCUCUCUCUGAACAGGCUCCUCCUUCAUGUCUGUCACUUGAUGGUGAUAUACAGGCUGAGAUGGACAUGGAAGAGAGAGAGAGGAUCUCUACCUCUUACUGUAACUCACAGUCACUCUCUGUGUGUUCUGCAAAACCAUGGUACUCUGUCUGAUCAUCUGGCUGGUUCUUGCUGUACUGUGCUUCGGUAAGAUGGAACCAUUUCGUCAUCUAUCUAAUUUUUCUUUUUUUAAUCUUUCAUUAUCACUCACUUUAUAUUUUUUUGUCUUCCAGAGUGCUCAGGAGACCAUGUUCAACAGCAACCAGGAGGUGUGAUUGCUACAGAAGGAGGACUGGUAACACUGAGUUGUCAAUAUAACACCAGUGCUAAUAAUGUAUAUCUAUAUUGGUACAAACAAGAAGCAAAUUACUUCCCUAAAUAUAUGCUGAGCCGUUAUUCUUAUGGAUCUGAAGACACUGCUGCAGGGUUCAAGGAGAGAUUCAAUGCAAGUCUAAAUGCCAAGACACAAUCAGUCCCUUUGACGAUCCAGGGGUUGCAGUUGUCUGACUCUGCUCUGUACUACUGUGCUCUGAGGCCCACAGUGACAACAGGAUAUACAGCCCCCUUACAAAAACACUGUGUGUGCAUGUGGGUGUGUACAUAACUUUUUGUUGUGUGCCGUUUCUUAAGUCAAGGGGAGGUGUUACAUAAUUGAUACGUGAAGUCCUAAGGUUAACAAACACAAACCUCUUCGGAACAAGAUCCCACAAAUGACAAGUGCAAAACAGGCUGCCUAAGUAUGGUUCCCAAUCAGAGAAAACAAGCCACAGCUGCCUCUGAUUGGGAACCAACCCGGCCAACAUAGAAACACAUGAACUAGAACAUGAACAUAGAACACUAAACAUAGAAACUAACACCCUGGCUCAACAUAUAAGAGUCCCCAGAGCCAGGGCGUGACAGUACCCCCCCCCAAAGGCGCGGACUGCGACCGCGCCAACUAAACCCAACAGGGGAGGGGCCGGGUGGGCAUUCCGCCUCGGAGGCGGAUCCGGCUCCGGGCGUGACCACCACUCUCUAGCCAUCCCCCGUAGCACCCCUGGUCUGGUCUGGCCCAGCUGGCUGGAGCUGGACUGGACAUCGGUGGAGAGGAUUGCUUAGGCUCCGGUGUGGAGCAGCUGACCGGUACCUGACCAGGCACCGGUGGAACAGGCACGGGCUGUGCCGGACUGACGACACGCACCACUGGCUUGGUGCGGGGAGCAGGAAUGGGCUGGACCGGGCUGACGACGCGCACCACUGGCUUGGUGCGGGGAGCAGGAACGGGCCGGACCGGGCUGACGACGCGCACCACUGGCUUGGUGCAGGGAGCAGGAACAGGCCGGACCGGGCUGACGAAGCGCACCACAGGCUUGGUGCGGGGAGCAGGAACAGGCCGGGCCGGGCUGGCGACGCGCACCACAGGCUUGGUGCGAGGGACAGGAACAGGCCGGGCCGACUGGCGACGCACACCACAGGCUUGGUGCGAGGGUUGGGAACAGGCCGGGCCGGGCUGGCGACGCGCACCACAGGCUUGGUGCGAGGGGCAGGAACAGGCCGGACCGGGCUGGCGACGCGCACCACUGGCUAAGUGCGAGGGACAGGAACGGAUCGGGCUGGGAACACGCACCACUAACUUAGUGCGGGGAGCAGGAACGGGUUGGGCCGUACUGGGAACACGCACCACUAUCUUAGUGCAGGGAGCAGGAACGGGUUGGGCUGUACUGGGAACACGCACCACUAACUUAGUGCGGGGAGCAGGAACGGGUUGGGCCGUACUGGGAACACGCACCACUAACUUAGUGCGGGGAGCAGGAACGGGUCGGGCCGGACUGGGAACACGCACCACUAACUUAGUGCGAGGAGCAGGAACGGGUUGGGCCGGACUGGGAACACGCACCACUAACUUAGUGCGGGGAGCAGGAAUGGGUUGGGCCGUACUGGGAACACGCACCACUAACUUAGUGCGGGGAGCAGGAACGGGUCGGGCCGGACUGGGAACACGCACCACUAACUUAGUGCGGGGAGCGGGAACGGGUCGGGCCGGACUGGGAACACGCACCACUGGCCUUGUUCGGGAAUCAGGAACGGGUCGGACCGGACUGGUGACACACACCACUUGCUUGGUGCGAGGAGCGGGACUGGGUUUCCUCAUAAACCUCCGCUCCCUCUGCUGCCUACUCAGUUCCUCUAGCCGUGCCUCCACACUCUCCUUCUCCCUCCUGACCAAUGGCCCCCGUAACCUGGUGGCCUCCUCUCCUAGUCCACAAACUCGCCCUGUAGCUGCCUCCAGCAGCCCCGUCGUCCAUGCCGUGUGCCCCCCCAAAAAAAUGUAUCGGGGUUGCCUCUCGCCUGUCCGACGACGGCCCGGUUGGCGCCGCUUCUCCUCUCCUGCCUGGACAUCCUCCCUCAUCGCCCUCCGGUAGCGGAUGGCCUCCUCCUCAGUGAUCCUCCCCCAACCGAGGAGGACAUCCACUAGCGUUACCUCCGCCGUUUGCUCCUGGACACGCUGCUUGGUCCUUAUUUGGUGGGAUCUUCUGUCACGAUCGUCGUAAGAACCGGACCAAGGCGCAGCGUGAUAUGCGUACAUCUUUUAAUGAGUACUUUAAAUAACCAUAACAAAGCAACAAAACGAUACGUGAAGUCCUAAGGUUAACAAACACAAACCUCUCCGGAACAAGAUCCCACAAAUGACAAGUGCAAAACAGGCUGCCUAAGUAUGGUUCCCAAUCAGAGACAACAAGCCACAGCUACCUCUGAUUGGGAACCACCCCGGCCAACAUAGAAACACAUGAACUAGAACAUGAACAUAGAACACUAAACAUAGAAACUAACACCCUGGCUCAACAUAUAAGAGUCCCCAGAGCCAGGGCGUGACAAUCAGGCCCAAGUGAACCAGGUGGUUUAUCCACUGCUUCUCACUCUUCAGCCUCAACCACUGAGAUGUUCUCUCUGCCUCCUGAUCAGUUACGUGACAGAUCUUCUUUGUCUGUGCUCCUCCUACAGACUGCCCUCCACAGUUAUGAAGUCCAGUGACAAGGUUUUUCUAUGUAUAAUAAUGAUACAAUAGUUCCAUCUAGUGUUCAACAUUCUGCUCAUCAAGGUGAAACCUUGACAUUGUAUUAUCAAGGGCAAGUUACUAGUGAGAGUCAAUAGGUGUCAGUGGAGUCUCAUCAGUUUGCUUCUAUUCCUUUAAGCAAGAAAUAUCUGUUUUUUUGCAUGAGCUGCAUCUCAAUCCACCGCAUCAGCCUAUGGCGGUCUUCCGCAUCUGUGGUGGAAGGUGGCCGAGCUACAGCGGUGUUUGUCAAACCAUGUGACAUCACGGAAAUCGGUCUUCUCACAAAAACAUCUGUAGCGUCCGAACGGUUUGGACUAGAAAAAUUAUAUUACCACUCUAUUGAAAGAUGAGACUCUCACCAAUACGUAUGUAGAGUAUGAACCGUUUGGACUACAAACGAAUGUGACCCCACUGUGAAAAGGGGAGACUCUCACGAACAUGAUGGAUAAUUUAAGGGGUUAAAUAUGUGUAAUUUUAAAAUAUAUAUAUGUAUAUUUCCUGGGCUUUCUUAUAUCUCCUAAAUAUAGAACAUACACUUAAAACCUUAUUCCGUAUGAUUUAUUUUUUGAAUGUCAUUUCUUGUUAUUUAUGACUGUGUUUUUCAAUGCGUUUCUAUGGGAUUUGGUAGUAAAGGCGAAAUUCAAUAUUUUAUCAAAUAAUUUUUAUCUAUCUUUUUUUAUACCUAAAGGGGUCCUAAAAUUCCAAAUCAAAUAGCUAAAUGAUCCAUGGUAUGACCAUUUAAAAAUGAUUACAUAUGUCAAUUUAUAACACCCGUCCCCAACCUCUUAGACUCUAGAGAAUUAAAUGAUGCAUGCAGCAUGUCAACACUUUACAGGUGUCGUUGUGGUAUAAUUUCCCCCACAAUUAGCAUAUCAAACUAAAUCAACCUGAGAAGGGCAGCAUUUCACAGGGAAUCCCUCUAUCAGUUCACCUAAAUUGAAUAUACAAUUAGCUCCUCCCCUGCUGCAGAGCCCUACAAUUAUGAGACUUCUCAGCUACAGUGGAUGGAACAUAAAGUCUAUAACAGUCUAUUCUUCCUCUAUACAUGAAUCAUAAUGGCACCUUGGCUUAGGAAUACUAUACUAAUCCUGGCUGCAUGCUAUUUUGGUACAGUAUAGUGCUUCUCCUUUCUACAUUCUCAUUCUCUGAACCUUAGCAUAUUAUGUAUUAUAAAACCCCAAAUAUUUUUUUUGCAGAUUGCAAAGGUGAAGAGGCUGUUGACCAGCAGAGUGGACAUGUUACUGCCCUUGAAGGAGGACUGGUAACACUCAGCUGUAACUACACUACCAGUAGUCCAUCUUCUAAUCUCUUCUGGUACAUCCAGUUAACUAGGGACUCUCCUCAGUAUGUCCUGAGAAGAGAUCGUUAUUCAGAAGGGAGCAAUAGUGAUGAGUUCAAAGAGAGGUUUGAUUCAAGGCUGAAUGUCACAUCUAGCUCUGUCCCCUUGAUGAUCCAGAGGUUGCAGCUGUCUGACUCUGCUGUGUACUACUGUGCUCUGAAGCCCACUGUGACAACAGGAGAUUCAGUCACUGUACACAAACUCAGGGUAGAGUGUUGUUCAGACAAUGUCACAAGCUUCUCAAUGUUUGACGAUACACAGAAAGAGGAGGAGACAAGGAGUUCAUAG